GUCGGAUCUAACUCCUUCUCCGGGCCUCACUAGCCCAAUUAUAAUGAUGACUUUUACUUAAUGGGCUGGGCUCCAUUUGACCAACUUGAAAAGCAGAAUUAUUCCAUCUACAUAAACCCUAAUUUCAAAUUCUGAAAACUUUUCAACAUUUUUGGUCGACAUGGAGGGGAUACGUACAGGAGAAGCUGAAUUGGUAGUACAUGUACACCCAUCUCAAACUAACAAUAUUAAUCAAGCUGUGCUCCGUCAACUGAGCUCCAUGCAAUUCAAGUUAAGUGAAUUUUUUGAUGGUGUUGUAUUAGCUUAUGAAGUUAAGUUUCAAGAUAAACUAGCCAAAAUUAUUUCUGGAGUUCACCCUUAUUGUGGAGUAAGACUAAAAGCAGAACUCUUACUGUUCUCUCCAAAGCCGGAUAUGCUUUUAGAAGCGAAGGUUGUGAAAGUUACCCCAGAAUUUAUCAAUGUUAUUGUUCUAGGUUUCUCAUCUGCUGUUAUAACAGCUGAAGACAUCCGUGACGAGUUUAGAUAUAGAAUUAGGAAACAUGGCGAGGGAAUAUACUUUAGCAAAUAUCACAAGCAACACAUUAUAAAGGUUGGAACUUCGAUACUUUUUGCAGUCAAGAGUUUGGAUGAGGAUAUGCUACACAUCUCUGGAUCACUGAUUGCAACUGACACUGGAAGCCGAAGCUGGUUAGAUGAACAAAAAAGAAAUGCUGAAAUGCACAGUGGAAACAAGAAAAACAAGAACAGGACACAGCCUAAUGGAAUUGAAGUGCAUGAGCAUGAGACUGCUGGUGGAGUUGCUUAUUCGGUCGACGAUAACCGUGCAAUUAAGAAGUCAAAGAAGCAUAGAAAUGCAGAAGAUAGUUGAGGGAAAUUGCUUGUUUAUUUUUAUACUCUUUUAUUCAUGUUUAUUCAAAUUCUAGAACCAAUUUGUAGCACAUUUUUUUCAAUACAAUUACAGAUAGGAUUGGGAUUCUCUCAUGUUCAAAAGAAAAUGAGGGAUCAUGUUCACUAA